AUGUCCGCUAUUUUCAAAGCAUUGUCAGGCUCAUCCAAGCCACAGAGCUCUGAGAAGAAGAGGGUCAACAGACAGAGGGUGCUGUUGAUCUCCACUAGAGGUAUAACGUACAGGCAUCGUCAUCUUAUCCAGGAUCUGGACUCAUUGCUGCCGCAUUCUAGAAAGGAGCCAAAGCUGGAUACCAAGAAGAACCUUUAUGAGCUGAAUGAGAUUGCUGAGUUGUACAACUGUAACAACAUCAUGUUCUUCGAAGCCAGAAAACACCAGGACCUCUACAUGUGGCUCUCGAAGCCUCCAAAUGGGCCAACGCUGAAGUUUUUCGUUCAAAAUUUGCACACCCUGGACGAGUUAAACUUCACAGGUAACUGUCUUAAAGGUUCGAGACCUAUUUUGUCGUUUGACUCUGCGUUUGACGAUUCCGACCACUACAAGCUGAUGAAGGAGAUGUUCAUACACACAUUUGGAGUUCCUCCACAGGCGAGAAAAUCUAAGCCAUUCUUCGACCACGUGAUGACUUUCAGCAUAGUCGACAACAAGGUCUGGGUGAGGAACUACCAGAUCAACGAGACCGAGGAGGAGAAGGAAGGAGAGGCCAAGGAGGACAAUCUCACUUUGGUGGAGAUUGGACCACGUUUCGUUAUGACCCUGAUUACCAUUCUGGAAGGUUCUUUUGGUGGACCCAAGAUCUACGAGAACAAGCAGUACGUCUCACCAAACUUUGUGAGAGCGCAGGCUAAGCAGAAGCUGGCGGAACAGGCACAAAGAAGAGCUGAGGACGCUGUCCAGAGGAAGAUCAAGAAGAGAGAUCAAGUUGUGAAGAUCGAUCCUCUUGCCAACGGUGUUUUGUUCAAAGAGUGA